AUGCGGUUCUCAGUUGCCGCCUCGGUUGCGCUCAUCGUUGCCGUGAUGAGCAUCCUUGUCUCUGCCCUGCCCACCUACAUCAACAACGCGGGCAUCAAAACGAUCGCCAAGAGGCCCUCUCCGAAGUCGGGAGCCAUCCCUCCCAUUGCGUGCUACGGCGCCGCGGAGUACACCCCUGUCGCAAACAAGCAGGGGGAAGCAGAAUGGGCUGCGCCAGAAGAGGGCGCCGAAACAACCGCAACAGAGGCCUUCAAGGCAAAAGCUGAAGCGCUCAAGGAGAUCGUCAACGCCAAUCCCAGCGCGCUGGCUGAGAUACAGGAUCGCGGCGACGGCUACAUAGGCCAGUCGAUCGUGUACAACAACUGCCCCUUUGCCGUGCACAACAACAUUGUGCACGCACCGCGUCCUGGGGUCGAUGCCCCGCCGGAGGAGAUGUACUCCAUCCUCCACCCAGGUGCGGAGCUCUCGCACCCCUUCGCCCACGACCCUCGCAUGGGCAUCAGCUGGAAACUGUGGCGCACCGACGUCGAGAACACGGCGCCGGUCCAGUUCGAGUGGACGUGGGACAACACCUUCCAGAGGACCUGGUACGAUCUCAGCAUGAUUAAUGCCGGAGAUGCCGGGUGGCUCAACGAGGACGCCCACGAGGGGGAAGCCAUCGUCAGCGACGAGGACGGGCUGGGCGCUUACGUUGGAAAGGUCGGUAUCAGGCAUGCCUUCAAGGACGAGGGCAUGACCUUGGUCCCAGACCGCACUGAGGGCAACUGUGUCCCACUACAGUGUGCGCCUGGCGAGGAGUAUUGUACCGCUUCGUACAAUGCCCACAACGACUGGGGCCAGCAGCAUGACUGCAGGGAGGGGGUCGACUUGAAGUUGACGCUGUGUGGUUGA